AUGUCCACUGUGCAUCUGCCGCUGUCCUCGCCUAUGUGGCUAUCCUACAAGCCUGAAUGGGAUGGCGACGACGCCGAUGGCUCUGGAAAGAGACUUCACGGCGAUCUCUUGGAGUUUCUGGGCGUCGAAUCUGAAGCCCACGAAGGAUCCGCGGACGACUAUCAUCCCGUGCCAGUUACGGAGGAAGAGGUUGUCGAAGAGAAUGUAUUUGCUUUCUAUAAUCACUGGAUAUUUGGCAAUGCAUAUGGUGAUGACAAGCUGCGCCUCAAGCGCAUCGAACAAAGGAAUCAAUCGCUUUACGAUGACGACACCCCCCCCUCUGGUCAAGACAGCGAGCCUAACAUCUGGGAGCGGGCUGUAGCCAUGCGCCGAGCUCAACUAUUAGAGAGGUUGGAGGCGACACUCCAGCCAGAUAAGGACAACGAACGCCCACCAUCCGAAGGGGUUUCCUAUGCUGCUGACGACGACGACAUUGGCUCGGGGUGGACACUUCAAAGCGCUCUGGAGGCUACGGAAGGUUCGGCGGCUUUCGACACUCAAGGCUCGACUUUGGACGCGCGUGUCUCAGGUUCGGACGGAAUUUCCGCAUAA